AUGGCAAUGCAUGAUUUCAUGUCGAGCUUCACCCUGCCUCAGCUUGCAGGGCUGCUUUUCGGUCUCUGGCUGCUUUUUGCCGCCCAGCUCGGAGUCCGGCGACUCUACUUCAGCCCCAUCUCGCACAUUCCGGGCCCCAGGCUGGCGGCUCUGACGCAAUACUACGAAUUCUACUAUGACAUCGUCCUGCGAGGGCAGUACACGUUCAAUAUUAUCGAGAUGCAUCGGGAGUAUGGACCCGUCGUGCGCAUCAGCCCGUGGGAGGUCCACGUCGGCGACCCAGAGUUCUUUCCGGAGCUGUACACCGGGCCUGGCCGGCCUCGGGAGAAGUGGGCAUUUUACACUCAGCAGUUUGGAUCUCCUGAAAGCGCACUAGCUACCAUCAACCAUGAGCAUCACAGACUGCGACGUUCAGCCUUGAACCCGUUCUUUUCAACACAGACGGUACGGAAGUUACAGCCCGUCAUAGAGGAGCGAGUGGACGCGCUGCUGGGACGUCUGCUUGAUCACGGCCAGCGGGCCAAGGAGCCCCUGGAUGUGAUGUAUCCGUUCUCAGCUUUCACCAACGAUGUCAUCAACCAGUACAGCUUUGCUCGGAGCGACCAUCUCAUCGAGGACCGGAACUUCGGAAAAGAGGUCACCGACAACCUGCUCAUGGGCACCCACCUCGGCCCGAUGAUCAAGCAUAUGAACUGGGCCCUCACGCUGGUCAACGUACUGCCCGAGUCGUUUUCGGGGCGUUUCGUUCCUGGGUGGGGUGGGUUCCUCAAGAUGAAGAAUGACAUCAAGGAUCAGAUCGCCGAGAUCAAAAGGACGGAGAAUACGGACAAGUGGCAGCUUGACAUCAGUCACCCGACCAUCUUUCACGAGAUGUUGUCGUCCAGACUCCUGCCGCCGCGGGAGAAGACGGUGUCGCGGCUCGGGCAAGACGGGCAGAUCCUGGUGCAGGGCGGCACGCUCACGACGUCGUGGACGCUGUCGCUCGCCGUGUUUCACCUCCUCAACCGGCCGUCGACGCUGCGCAGGCUCCGGGACGAGCUCUUCGCCGCGAUCCCGGACCGUGAUGCCGUCGUGUCGCUGGCGGAGCUGGAGAACCUGCCGUACCUCCGGGGCGUCGUGAAGGAGGCGCUGAGGCUCGGGUUCGGUACGAGUUCCCGGCUGGCGCGUGUAUGCCCGGACGAGACGCUGUCCUACCACGACAAAGAGCGCGGCCGCACGCUGCGACUCCCGCCGGGGACGGUCAUCGGCAUGAGCACGUACAAGACGCAGACGGACCCGAAAAUCUACUACGACCCGUUCGGGUUCCACCCGGAGCGCUGGAUCGAAGACGGCGAGCAGCUCGAGAAGUACCUGACAGUGUUCUGCGGCGGUACGCGCGUCUGUCUCGGCAUGGCGCUCGCGCAGGCCGAAUUAUACCUAAUGCUCGCGAAACUGUUCCGGCGAUGGGGUGGUGGCGGCUUCGUGGGAGGCAGCGCCAAGGGCGACGGGCGGCCUGGUGAUGUUGGAGUUCUCCGGAUUUUCGACACGACGGUCAGAGACUGCGAGAUGGCGGCGGACUAUUUCAUUCCCAUCCCGUACAAGAACUCCAAAGGGAUCCGCAUCGUUUUUGACUCUCUCCACAGCGCUGUGGUUUAG